GUUUGUCUUCACGGCCGACAUCCGCAUGAUGUUCAGGCAGACGUGGAUACACCCCGACGAUAGGCGCUAUCAGCUGAUCCUGUGGCGUGAGGAUCCGUCGCAGGACCUACAGAUCUCUCGAUGCGUCGCGCUACCGGGAUCGGUAUCAUAUUCACUCCACGGUUUUGGAGAUGCGUCUGAGAUGGGCUACGGAGCGUGCGUAUACCUCCGGACAGCAGACGCCGCUGGAAACGUCAUGGUACGACUAAUUAUAGCUAAGACUAGAGUUGCGUCGAAAAAGACCAAGCAAACCAUUCCAAAGAAUGAGCUAAACGCGGCUCAUAUGGUUUAUAAAUUGCUGAAUCACGCCGCAGCGGCCUAUUAAGAUGAACUUGAUAUUGACAGCAUAAAUGCAUGGUCCGAUAGCAAGAUAACGUUGUGUUGGUUAAACACUAAGCCACACCUGCUCCAAACAUUUGAAUGUAAUAGAGUACAAGACAUUCAACAGUCGAAGCGACUAAUGACAUGGCGCUAUGUCCGGGGUGAGUUGAACCCGGCCGACGUCGCGUCGCGGGGAACCACAGCGAAAAGGCUCCUCAAGUGCAAGCUGUGGUGGUCACCAGACUGGCUACUCGAGGAGGAAUCUCAGUGGCCAACGAUGCCAGUCACCAUGUCACCUGAGCUGCCAGGGUUCAAACAAUUGGUACAUGUCGUCGCUGAAGAGCAGUCAUGGGAAGACUGCCUACUAUCCAGAGUGAGCUCUUAUAGUAAGCUCAUAAAUGUAACGUCAUACAUUUUACGGUUUUGCAAGAAUAUUCGUUUGCCGAAGCAGCAACGAAACUUGAACCAGACCCUGUCUAUAGAUGAAAAUCGUGCCGCUACGAGCCACUGGAUCAAGAAGGUCCAGUUGGAUGCAUACAAGGAUGAAGCCAUCUUGCUGAAAAAAGGAAAAUUAGUAUGCAAGUCUCUCCAGAAAUUAAGCGUCUUCGUAGAUGAAGACCAGUUUAUUCGAGUCGGCGGCCGACUCCGUAAUUCAAGCCUGCGCUAUGAAGCGAAGCACCCAUUGCUUAUUCCGAAGGAUCAUAGAUGGACUCAGUUGUUGAUGCAACAUUAUCACCGAAUACAUUGUCACGCAUCGACCAGUGCGCUGAUUAAUAUAUUGAGACAGCGGUAUUGGAUCCCGUCAGCGAGACGUCAGGUUGCUCGCGUCAUCCACAGCUGUACCCCAUGCUUCAGGUUCAGCGCGACCGAGCAGGCGCCGUUCAUGGCCGACCUGCCCGCCGACCGUGUCACGGCCGCGCGUCCAUUUUCCGGCGUUGCAACGGAUUUUGCUGGCCCUUAUCUGGUUAAGGCCAGCCAACUUAGGAAUGCUAAAUCAGUUAAAGCUUACCUGUGUGUUUUUGUAUGCCUAGGUACCAAGGCAGUGCAUCUAGAGCUCGUCUCGUCGCUGAGCACCGAGGCUUUCAUCACUGCGUUCACACGGUUUGUCAGUCGACGAGGGCUGCCCUCCCUCGUCCGUAGUGAUCAAGGUACGAAUUUUAAAGGUGCUAGCUCAUACCUCCGUGAGGUUAAUCAGUUCUUACUUGACCAUGAAACCGUCCUGGCGGAUGAGUUUCGUCGUCAAGACGUGCGCUGGGAAUUCAACCCUCCAGGCGCUGCCCACAUGUCUGGAUUAGUCGAAGCGGCCGUAAAGAGUAGUAAGAAUCUGCUUAAACGGGAAAUAGGAGAUCGGAUCCUAACCUUUGAAUUACUGUAUACGGCCUUCUGUCGGAUAGAAGCGGUUCUUAAUUCUCGAGCGCUGGUUCCAAUGUCAGAGGAUCCUUGUGACCUGGAAAUUCUCAGUCCAGGUCAUUUUUUGAUUGGUCAGCCGUUAGUUUCAUUACCUGAACCUUCAUGGAAGGACACACAUAUGUCACGGUUAUCACAUUUCCAAUUUGUACAAGCUAUAACUCAGAAAUUUUGGGCUAAAUAUUAUUUUGAGUAUUUGAACAAUUUACAAUCACGUAAUAAAUGGAAUAGGCAUGUACCUAAUGUUGCAAUUAAUGAUUUAGUCCUAAUUAAAGAUGACAAUACGCCACCUCUACAAUGGCGUAGGGGUAGAGUAAUACAAAUAUUCAAAGAAUCCGACGAUGUUGUCAGAUCGGUAAAAUUAAAAACUCAGGGAGGCGAACUCGUUCGUCCUGUUGUUAAAUUAUGUAAAUUGCCCAUGGAACUGUAAUUAAUCAUAAGGAGUAAUUCAUUAUAAAUGUAAAUUGAAAUAUUGCUACUAACGUAUGUCUGUUUGAGUUCCACCAGGGAACCAUUGUAACUAACAACCUAGUAAAUAGUUUACCUUAAGUUUAAUUUCACUGAUGUAACAAUUGUGUGAAGAUGUAUCUAAUGGUCACAGAUCACUUCUUGCUAGAUGCCACAUGUAGUAUUUGUAUCUGAAUUUUUAAUUUGUUUGUUUUGUUCACUUGAUCUCUAGAACGAGACAAUUGAACAGCUUCAAGUCUUCAGGUCAAUCUCCCCCCUGGGGGCCCCAGGAUGUUCAUGCAAUUCGAAGCGCAAUGGCGUUCCGCGCGCCAUCUAGCGAGGCUAGUUGUAACUACGAAGUAUCGAGCGACAUCAUUGGUCGUGAUUCAGUAUUGGCUAAUAUAGGAGUGAGUGCUGCCUCUCGCGGCGAGAGUUGAAGUUUUGUGUUGACCUGUGAGCUUGUAAGAACAAGCACGGUAAAAAUGCGUUGAGAACGAUUUGUAUAAGUUUGCUGUUUUUGUAUCGCGACGCGCGUUAAAAUAGUGUCUAAGGUGUAACUCGUUGCAUUAAAAUAAGUGUUAGUUGA